GUGAAACACGUCACUGCAAUAUUCCAAAACCCAAACGAUGUCGUUUUUGUCUGAAAAAUUUGGUCCCACUUCUUACAUUCUUUUGGAGCCUCUGGUUCUUGAAAAUUGAAUUAAAAAUGGGAUUUUUCCUGCACAAGAUUUGCUCAAUUCUCCUGCACCACAACGACUAGAGCUAAAACAGAAAAGUAUUAUUUUUUUUUUAAUGAAUCCUAAUAAUUGAAAAAACUCAGCUCCAAUUCGUUUUUUAUUCAAUGGCGCUGCUUCUGUGCAAUACAAAUCCUCGCCUUUUCUCAUCGCUUAACUACAAACAACAACAAAAAUCAUCACUCAACAUUCGGUCAGCUAUCAGAUACUCUUCUCCUCCAAGGACAAAACUACGUCGUCUGUUCUAUCCUUUAAAUUGCUCUUCUUCUUCUUCAGCUUCUUCAAUUAACGGAUAUUUAAUAUCGGAAGAUAAUGAUAAUGAGUAUGAAGGAGAAGACGAGGAAAGAGGGGAGAAUUACGAGUUACAUGAAAGAAUUCGGAAGUUUUUCGAAUUCCUUCCAUCAAUUUUACCUGGUGGAAAUUGGUGGAGUUUCUCUGAAGAUGUAGAAAUGAAAUAUUUAGCUAAACCCGUCACCAUUUGGAAAGCUCUUGGUCGGAUGUGGCAGUUAGUCGCUCAGGAUCGUUGGGUCAUUUUUUUCGCCUUUUCGGCUCUUAUUGUUGCUGCGCUUUCCGAGAUUUCCAUACCGCAUUUCUUGACAGCGUCGAUAUUUUCUGCACAGAGUACUCAAAUUGCAGUAUUUCACAGAAACGUGCGUCUUUUGGUGUUGCUAUGUGUUAUUGCUGGAAUAAGCAGUGGCCUACGAGGUUGCUGUUUUGGCAUUGCCAAUAUGAUCCUUGUGAAACGAAUGAGGGAAACACUAUAUUCUGCUCUUCUUCUUCAGGAUAUUUCCUUUUUUGACUCUGAAACAGUUGGUGAUUUGACAAGUAGGCUUGGGUCAGACUGUCAGCAAGUUUCUCGGGUUAUUGGAAAUGAUCUUAAUUUGAUACUACGCAAUGCUGUACAGGUUGAUUGCCUAUCAAUAACACUCAAUGUGCUUGCAAGGUGCCUUAAUCUACUUGCUAAUUUUGUCUUGGCCACUUGGUUUAUGCACGUUGGUUAUAUGCUCAGCUUUAGCAGCUGUCAUGGUGAUAUAUGGCAUAAGAAGGCAGCAAAGUUAAUUCAAGAAUUCACUGCUUCUGCUAAUCAAGUGGCACAAGAGACAUUCUCUUUGAUGAGAACAGUUCGUAUUUAUGGAACAGAAAAACUAGAAGUUGAAAGAUACAAGCUUUGGCUAGAGAAAUUGGCUGAUAUAAGCUUGCGACAAAGUGCAGCUUAUGGAUUUUGGAAUUUGAGCUUCAACACACUUUAUCACUCGACUCAGGUCAUUGCUGUGCUAGUAGGAGGAAUGUCUAUUCUGGCUGGUCAUAUUACAGCGGAGCAACUGACGAAGUUUAUAUUAUACAGUGAAUGGCUGAUCUAUUCUACAUGGUGGGUGGGGGAUAAUUUAUCAUCUCUGAUGCAAUCUGUCGGGGCAAGUGAAAAGGUCUUCCAAUUGAUGGAUCUCUUGCCAAGUGACCAAUUUGUAUCGAAAGGAUUGAAGUUGCAGAGGCUGAUGGGACAUAUAGAAUUCGCAAAUAUUUCUUUUCAUUAUCCUUCAAGGGCAAAUGUACCUGUACUGCAACAUGUAAACAUUGUAGUGCAUCCUGGUGAAGUCAUUGCAAUUGUUGGUCUUAGUGGUAGUGGGAAAAGUACACUGGUGAAUCUCUUGCUUCGUCUUUAUGAGCCAACAAAUGGCCAGAUUUUAAUUGAUGGAUUCCCACUUGGGGAGUUGGACAUCAAGUGGUUGAGGGAAAGAAUUGGAUAUGUUGGACAGGAACCGAAACUAUUUCGAAUGGAUAUCAGUUCCAAUAUUAGAUAUGGUUGUACACGAGAUGUAAACCAGAAAGAUGUUGAGUGGGCCGCCAAGCAGGCAUAUGCUCAUGAUUUCAUCUCUGCUCUGCCCAAUGGUUAUGAAACACUUGUUGAUGAUGAUUUACUCAGUGGGGGUCAGAAGCAGCGCAUUGCCAUUGCCCGGGCUAUUCUUAGGGACCCUACCAUUUUGAUCCUUGAUGAAGCUACUAGUGCUCUGGAUGCAGAGAGUGAGCACAAUAUUAAAGGUGUUCUUCGAGCUGUUAGAAGUGACUUGACCACAAGGAGAACUGUAAUAGUAAUUGCACACAGGCUUUCAACAAUACAAGCUGCUGAUCGGAUAGUGGUGAUGAGUGGUGGUCAAAUAGUUGAGAUGGGCAGUCACAGGGAACUUCUUCAUCAAGAUGGCCUGUAUGCACGAUUGACUAGAAGACAAGCUGAUGCUGUGGCAUGAUUAUAUCUUGCUUUCACAUGUUAGCUAUUCCAUCUUGCAGUUUAAUUCGUUUUCUUCGUAAACAUUAUUGAGGCUCGAGCUCAUAUCUGCUAACCUAUCCAUUUAUCAUAUUUACCAAAUAUGUCUCGGAAUGAGAAAGCUAACACAAAGGAUCCACUAUAGCGAUUUCUGCAAAUUCUGUCGCCGCAAAGCAUGCAAGGCAGAGCACGAAAGGAAGAAGAAUCCAGAAUGCUUGCAACUCCUCUUCCCUCUAUCCAACUAUAAAGUGGAGAAUCCUUAGCCAUAUGUUUUAUAUACCCCACUCUGAUGCCUCAUUUUAUCUUUGAGAAGGUGCAUAUAGAAGAACAGUGAUUCAAAAGGAAAUGUAGCCCCACAGUGUAUUGAAACUCAUGUUGUAAUUAUAUAUAUAUAUAUAUAUAUAUAUAUAUAUUCUCUAGUUUACGUUCUUCAUUAUGAUUAUACUCUUCUGUUUACCACAGUUGAAGUUUAUGAAAUUGUAAACCUUCAUUCUGUAUAAGAAGCAGAGUUCUAUAGAA